AAACCCUUCAUGUCAUAGAACCUCUUUUUCCAGAUCAUCAAUAUGGGUUGUCUCUUGCCUACAAACCUCAUGGAUUUUAGGGUCCAGAUAUACGUGACGAAGGGGAUAUGGGCUUAUAUGGAGCAGUACAGGAAUAUGGAGAGUUGGACUGAUAUUAUGAUCCUUGGGCUGGUGCACUAUAUGUUGGUUUUCUGGAAUAUGCACAAUUUUGUGGGUGGCGAUGUUCUGAUUAUAUGCAUCAAUUGGGACAAGGAACUUGUGGAUGUGGCAGUGGAUUACUGGGUCAAACUGAGUGCUGAUAACUGGAUGAAGGAAGAACAUGACGCAAAAUGUGUACUUUGUAUAGUCUGUCAAGUCUAUGCGAAGGUGCAUGGUCACAACCCCUGCUUCUACCAAGUCAAUCCAUAUGUUUGUGCCCUGCUGCUUGAUGAGGAGGUCAGCUACAUCCUGUCAUUCAUCGUUAUUUUAGAAACUAGGAAGGACGGCAAGGAUCAUGUGUUCUUCACUCAUCCAUCCCACUGCCCACUGCCCUCCAUCCUCAACACCCUCCCAAAGACAUGCAGAAGUGCCUCCUGCACCAACUCAAAGUGCAUUGGAGUAUGGCGCAUUGAGGAUUGCUGCAGCCUGCACUGUACAGGCCUGAUGGUCUGAGAGCUCCAAUGCUAUGAAGAUUGUGUGGUGUGUAACCUUUGGGGAUGUGAAACAGAACCAGUUUGAUGCGGACAGGAAGGUGGUUGGACUCCAGAGAUGUCAGAAGUAUAAGGAGACCUUGUAUUGUUGUCAGAAAAGCCACCUUGUUUUCUUCACACAUUUUUGUAUUGCCAUUUCCCACUUAUUUUAUCGAUGAUGGCAGUUCCCUUUCUUGUUAUCUCAUUCACGUGCCAAAGCCUGUGUAACCUUUUGGGAUGUGAAGUGGUACAGAUGAACCUCACAGUUUAUUUUUGUACACAUCUGCU